AUGACCGAUUUCCAAACCGACGACCCCCUCUCUCAAGAAGAACUCCUCUGCUACAAACCCGCCGACGAGAUCUACCACACCUACUGCAAAGCCGGCCGCGAGCAAGAUCUGGUGGUUGCCGUGACCUGGAUCAUCAUCUACAUGCUCCUUAUCCUCUUAGUCGGGAUUUUUUUGUGGGUGAAUACGAGGGGCUGGGACCUCCCUCGGAGUGGCAGUCAAAAGAAGAGGCCCGCGGGAGAUGACGUUGAAGGGCAAGCGGGAUACAGCGACAGUGACACCGAGAAGGGGCAUGGGCAUGGUCUUGGUCUUGGUCGAGAUAAUACACGAUCGGAUCCGGUUGAAGGGUUCGUGGAGGAGAUCCGCAGGUUGGCGGUGGAGGAGAAGAUACCGUGGGAGAUGUAUGAGGUCGUAGAAAGGAUUCGAAGGGAGCACAAGGCACAGGCACAGGGUGUUAGGGAAGGGAGUGGUGGUGGUGAUUGUGAGGAUACUGCAUCCACCAAUGCGGCGAGAUUGGCACAAUGA